UUGUGUCAGUUGCGUAUUUGUCACUCAAUUGUGUUAUUUUCGUUUCGAGUCACAACCCUUGACAAAAUUGUCAUGUCACAACCCUCUGUUAAAUAAUAAAAUCCAUAAUCGAUCAGUUGGAGUCAAUUCCAUUGCUGCGAUUUCUAUCAACAACGUUUGAAUAGUUAUCCAUCAUCUGCAAUCAACAUACAGACGAGAUGGUUGGACGCACGGCAAAAAGAUCAUCGGAGGACUGCAUUUUUGUCGACACCAAGAAGAAAAAAAUUUCAAAAGAUAAAGGAGAGGCGGAUGCGACAACAGUGCCCAAUGAAAAAGCGUCUACGUUUUGCAAUGGGGACUUGAAGCAAAAAAAAGCAUUUUUUGCCUAUUUUGGUAAAUCCUUUGAUGAUGGUAAAAACAGCAGUGCCAGCUGCAAUGGCAGCAACGCAAAAACGACCGAUAUUAACAGCAAGGUGACUAAAUCGAACAUCAUCUCCAAAACCAGUCGUAGUGAUAGUUUAAAAACACUAGUAGCCAACACAAAGAAGAAAAUCAUUCAGCUGCCCUCUGAUGCUGUUUGUAUUAUUAAGAGUAAUGCCAAUUUGUCUUACAUCAGUAAUUUUGUAGAAGAACUAGGAUAUUUUCCUAAGAUCACGCAUACCAACCAUUUAGCAUCUUUAAAGUCUUCAGAUCUUAUUCUCCGUUUGAAGGAAGAAGUAUUCCAUGAAAGCUGUAAUAAAAACUCUAUUCUUACAUUUCAAACUGUUCAUUCUCUACCAAAACGCCCAGUAUUAGAGCCCUACCAAAUGGAAAUUAAUUUUCCAUACAUGAUUUCAUCUAUUAAAACGUCUGUACCAAAUUUUCCAGUUUCAGAUUUUCAUAAAAAUCUGAAGAAAAAACAUUUAAUGGCAAAGAAAUCUGCUGCAGAUAUUGAAUCUAUGUGGAUUGAUAAAUAUAAGCCAAUGUGUAAGGAAGAAGUACUUGGGAAUAGUAAAGUUGUUAAGGAUUUAAAAAAUUGGUUAGCACCUAAUAAGAAAAAUUCUAAAAAGUCAAAAAAUGGUCAAAAGUAUUAUGAUGAUGAUGAUUUUAUCUUUGAUAGUGAUAGUGAUUCUAGUUAUAAACAACAACGUAAUUUAGCAAUUUUAAUUGGACCUAGUGGUUGUGGUAAAACUAGUUCAGUUUAUGCUGUAGCCAAUGAACUUAAUGCAAAUGUGAUAGAGUUGAAUGCUUCCUGCAACAGAAAUGGAAAACGUAUUAUCACUGAUUUAAUGGAAGCUACACAAUCGCAUGCAGUGGAAAAAAACUAUUUAUUAAAUCUAAUAAAAGGAAAAAAGGUAAAAAUCAAAAAACACAAAAAAGGAAAAGUGAAUGAAAAAAUGACAAUUAUUUUAAUUGAAGAUGCUGAUAUACUCUUUGAAAAUCAUGAUGAUGGAUUUUUAUCUGCAAUAUCAACUUUGGCUACAGAUUCAAAAAGACCAUUAGUUUUAACUGCAAAUGACCCUUUUAGUAAUCAUAUGUUGAAAUUUUGCUUAUCCAAUGAAAUAACUCUAAAUUUUAUACAUCCGUCAAAAGAACAUUUAAAUUGUUUUCUACAAUUAAUAGCACUAAAUGAAGGAGUCAUUAUGACAAAAGACGAAAUAAAUGCAUUUAUCCAUCCAUUUAAACCUGACAUUAGGCAAAGUACUCUUCAAUUACAAUACAUUUUGAGUACUGGAGAAAUAAAUCAGAAAACCUUUAAUAACCAAUCCCCAAUAAGUUUAAAUUCUAUUUGGUGGAAUUGGCCACAUAUGAUUGGUUGUCAAUCGACUAACAUCGAAGAUAACGAACAACCAAAGUGCAAUGUUGAUAUAGCAACAAUAUCUCAAAAUUUAGAUAUUAUGUCAAAAUUAAACUUAAUUUAUUCAAAAACUCAGAGUUACAAUUUCUUAGACCCGCAGCCAUUUUGGCAUCACCUUGCUACAAGGGAUAGUUCUAGUUUAAUUGAACCUCAUCAUUGGUAUGACAGUUCUGUUCAGCUAUCUACAGAUAUUACUCAAUGGAUAUACAAUCAUGUUAAAACAGAGGAUUAUGUUCCAGAAAAACUUUACCCCACAUCUGAGGAAUUGAAUCUUCGUCAAAGGACAUGGAAUGUAUCCAAAGACAUACUACAACAAAUAGGCCUAGAUUAUUGUAAUCGCAAAAAUGAAACGUGCUAUGAUUAUUUAUCUACUAUACGAUCUGUGUAUCAAAAUCAAAACGCAAAUCAAUCAUUUGUAAACCUGAGGAAUUCAAAGAUGUUUUCAUAUUUAAGACAGAUUAAUAUUGAUGUAGACAGCAAUGAUUUAAAAUAUUUAUGUGAUUCUUUUCACUCCAGUUCAAAUAAUUGUGAUUCCCAAUUGGAAAUAUCUGACCAGUUUUAGUUGAUGCAUAUCUGAUAGUGUUUUGAUAAAAUGUUUUUAAUAAUUUAGUCUAUUACUUUUAUAUCUUAUUGGUUCGAUAAAAUUGAUCUAUCGGUACUUACAUUAUUUUAUAUAUAUAUAAAAAAAAUGUAUCUCCCAAUGAUUAAUUGAUAGUAUAUAAACCUUACA